AUAUGGACAAAGUAAAAAAUGUCCUGGUACAGUCUGUGGCCCUCCUCAUAACGGAAAACACUGAGCUGGCUGUCCUGAAGGUGAAGAGACCUCUCUUACAGCUAAUUAGAAGCUUGGGAUGCUGCGGGUACCUUACCCUACCAGGAGGCAAAGUGCUUGUGGAUUUCGUCAUCCAGCAGUGUGAGCACCUUGUCUGCACCACAACGUCCAAAGAUGCCUGGAAUGAUGAAAUGAUCCAGAAGUACAGCAUCAGCACCCUACACUUGGUGCCCUGGAAAAUGUUAAUGCAGGUUGUGUGCCCUCUGGAGUAUACCAACACUUUCAUCCCAGUUGGCAAGGCCUUGACAUCUUUGCUUCUAAAGUCAAGAAUUGCAGGCAGAUCUCCUUACCUGGGGGAAUUACACAGAAGGCCGGCUGAGCUCCCAACACCUCAGGCACUCUUGCUACGCCUUUUAGUAAUUUCAUUGUAUCCCUACAAGGGUGGGGAUUCUGGGAUUAUUGCCCUCCAACUGCUUCAUGCCCUCCACCCUAUCAACUCUCUUCACCCUGUGAUGCACUCAGUUUUGGGGCAGCUGUGGACAGAGCACAUUCCUGAGCUCAUCAAAUAUCUGGAAGCACAUACUAAGGAAACUCUGGAAGAGAAGACAUGGAAGGGCAAGCUGCUUAUGCUUUUAGAAAUGUCAGUGGAAUCCAUUAUGGAUGAUGCAUGGUCCCGUGAGCUUGUAAAUGAGAUCCUUGUAAAAAGCAAAAGCUACUCUCAUGGGCCCCAAGAUAAGCAGAAUGAAUGGAGGAGGUCAUUCAGCACGCUCCAUCUUUGCUAUGACCAAGUGGCCAUGAAAACAAAGGACAGUAUCCUGCCCUUGGUGGACAACAUUCUCUUCCAAAUGUUACACCACUUCCGCCGCUGCACUGCCUCAGCCAUGGACCUAAGUCUAAAGCUGAGCUUUCUGAGAUCAAUGGCUACAUUCACAAGAACAGUGGGUGACAUUGCCCACACAGCAAAAGAAACCCAUGAGUUCUCACAGAAAGCAGUGAUUGCAGCAUUUAUGAUGAAGCUGAUUGAAGAAGAGUCUGUGCAGUUGCUGUCUACCCCUGUGCGCCAGCAGGCUAUGAUUGUGGUCACUAACCUGAGAAAACUGAAGCCACCACUGAAGCCUGAGAUAAAAAUACUUCUAGUCCGGACAUGCUACAAAAGUGUCUUUUCCCUGCCUCCAAUAGAAAACAUGUUAGGAGAAGUAUGUGAUAGCACCCAGUAUCAACACUCUGAGUCCUUGUACAAGGAAACUAUCAGUGCCUUGAGAGGAAUGCUGGAGGGUCUGGUAUUAGAAUAUCCUGGUGAUGUCCAGAAGAUUUUGGAGUACAUAGAGCCCUGGCUAUCCUCCAGAAAGGAUCAUGAGCGGGAACGGGCAAUGUGGUGCAGCGCCCGGCUCCUGAGGUGUGUCGCCAAGCUUCCUAAUUUUGAUGUAUCAAUUGAAUUCAGCAGAUUAGGCCGUUUGGUUAGACUGCUGGCACUUCGAUGCCAUGACCCAGUGGACAACAUCUGCUUCUUGGCAGCCCGAGCUGUAUACAACUUGUAUUGUAUCCUGCUGGUUAAAAAACAGCUUGACAAGGGACAUACAGCAGAAAAGUUAUAUGCAUACAAAAAUCUUGGCACCUACAGUCCCUCUGUAUUCUAUAACAACACCUCUCAGAUUGCUAAGGCCUUUGCAGAAUAUUUUACCCCUCGUCAGUUAACAAAUCUGGUUCUGACAGCACUUGAUGGUUUGACAGAUCCCAGGGAAAAAAUAUCUCGGGCAGCUGGAGAACUGCUGAGUGCAAUUUUGGAUGAGCGUGGAGCUGAUUUGGAGAAGGUGGAUGACACUUUGACUGGCAUUUACAAGCGCCUCUGUCUCAUUCAGGAGCCCAACACUCGGCAGGAAAUGUUGAGGGCAGUGUGUUUCUUGGCUGGAAACAACACCAAGAAAGUGGUGCCUAUCCUACUGGCCCACUCACUCCCCUGGGACAGCAACACAACUGCACUAUGGAGGGUCCUGGGCACCAGAAGAGAGACCACUCUCUGUGUUCUUCAGCUGCUAAUACAAAUCUUGGAGGAGAAGCCAGUCCAAAAAGAUAACAGCAGUAUCUCUGAUGAUGAGACCUCUCUUCAAGCUGUUGCUGUAACCUGUGCUCUGUGUGAGAUGCUCUCAGUCCCUGGUUGCAGAGAUGCAGUGCAAGAACUCUAUCCCCGCCUCUUAUUAGCAAUGCUUGGUCAUGUCCAGAAAGUCAUAGAGCAGAAUCCACUAGAGAACAUGGUAGUCUACAGGAAGGAGUGUGGCCAAGAGAACAGGCCCAAGGCAUUUGAUCCUACCAGCUGUGCCCUGGAGGCUAUGAAGACCUUGCUCUCAGGUGCUGGUUAUUUUGAGGUGUUGGUCUAUAUGGAGGAACACAGAGGCUGGGACCUACUCUCCAGUCCCUGUGACUACUACUGUGGAAUAAUAGAGAUCACAAGUGCCAUGGUGAAGCAUUUCAGACCCCUUCAGCUGCAUAGAAUUUUUAAAAAACUGAUCCCACUACUCAACAGUGAAAAUGAGCAUGAUAAGGUUAUGUCCAGGGCCUUCUAUGCACAGCUUCUCUGGCACCGUUCUGUGGCCCAGAGUCAAGAACUCGACAUUUUAGCCCCACUGAAAAAAUGGACCCAAGAGACAAAUCCUAUCAUCAAGCUGCUGGGACUCAGAGGAAUUAGUAAUUUAGCUCUCCACCCAGGGAAGGCAACACAUCUCAGAAGCCACCUUCCAGCCCUUCAAGAGUUCCUGAAAGAAAAAGAUGAGAGGAUUGCAGAGCAAGCUUUGAAAGCCCUACGAAAUAUCAUCUACUAUAUGGAAGGGGAAGAGGCCAAAGCUGCAUUUUGCCAAAUCGGGAAGUCACUUUGGCAACCAAUCACUGAUGAGAGCGAAAAGGUGCGCAUCACAGUCAUCAUUGCCCUUGGCAAAAUGCUGAAACAGGUGAACAAAUUUAAGCCUGGGCCUGCUGUCCAUUAUGAAAUUUAUUGUGCCCUGGUGCCACUGAUGCUGGUCAUGCAGGAGAAUAAACCUGAGGUGCUCAAGGCUUGUGGAGACACUUUGGCAGAGUGUGCGCUGGCCAUGGGAUGGACCCAGCUCAGGAACUUAUUCAGACACUUGACCCUGAGUGACCAUCUUCAGGUCCUGCAAGAGAUGUGCAAGUACCUUGUGAAGAAGUGCAGGAAAAUGGUGGGGGACAUCUUACUCAAGAGCUUGGCAUACCUAAAAAGCCCACAGCACCUUUUACGAGAGGCAGCAGUCAGAUUUAUAGCAUACACAGUAAAGAACAUGAAUUUAAUUGAAGUGGACCACGAUGAUGUGAUGCUAAUGCUCAAUGCUCUUGGUGAUCUCAGGUUUGACCCUGUAGACUCUGUGUGUGCUGCAGCCUUAGAAACCAUAACAAACAUUGAGGCAGCCUGUUCACCUGAAGCAGAGCCUCCCUACACAUUGAGAAGAAUCUGCUUUCAACCUGUCCAGAGAAAGGAGAAGAUUUUUAAAUGCAAAGAAAUUCAGCAUGCUCCAAAGCAAGCGAGGGGGAAAAUUGCCCCUGAAGAUACUGUAAAAACAGGCCAAGAAGAAAGGAGGAAAAACUGAACCUCUGAGGUUUACUUGGAAUCUGAAAACCAGAGGCCUUAUAAAUUAUGGUUUGUCUGCUAGUGAUCAGAAUAGAAUCGUUGAUUUUAGGGAUAUGACAUCAUGUGGACAGGAUGGAUGCAAGCACAUAGGUUGCUUGUGUGCUGAAGAAGAAAAUGCUUCUCUCAGCUUUAAGCCUGCUUGUACAAACAACUAACAGCACAGAAACAAAUUUUUGCAGGUGAACUGUUAUGCAUAAAGAAAAAAUACUGUUUGUGCUUUUUACAGUUCCUUUAGGAUGUAUCAAAACUGCCUUGUUUGAUGAAUAUUACGCCCGUGGCAGUUGGAAGACCUGAAAUGAGAAGCCUUCCAUUGCCUGUCCUAUAACUGAUGGUUGGAAGUGAUGAACUGUGGACUGGAAAUGCCAUUUGUACCUUCCAUAUUCAGUCUCUAAGAGUAUCCAAGAUCCCACUCUCCAUAGGCACACUUUUGUCUAAUCUAAUCUAUUCAUGCAGGCAAUAGACCCCACAGAACUAUUUCGCCAAAACAAAUGAGAACAUUUCUUAUUUGCCACAGAGACGGCAGACAGCUUGCCUGCAAAAUAUUAGUUCUUCAUGCAUACCCAGUGAUUUAAAUUGUUAAUUUAUGAUGCCAAAGUGAACAUAGAUAUGGAACAAUGGAAUCUCAAUUAUGAAUUUCCUUGCUUUCAAAAGUUUGUCCUUAGUUGCUGCAGCCACACAUGAAAAUAAGAAACUGAUCAUGUCAACGACUCUGCAAGCCUUCCAGCAGCUUUUAAAUGAGUGCAAAAGCAGA